UUCCAAUUUAUCCGUUCCCAUCAAUGCUGUCAAUAACACAAAGAUUGUAAGGCAUUGUUUGUAUGAUUUAUAUUUAUUAUUAAAAAACAAUUGCAUACAAGCGCCACUAAGUGGGAGAUCUAUUUUGGUACUCCCAUUUUUUUUAAAUCAAACAGCCAUCGCUCUCUUCCACGUUUCUUCUCAUUCCUACAAUCCGAUUGUUUUUCUCCCAACGCUAUGCCACCCAGGCUCAUCGAUAUCGGCAUCAAUCUCACGGACCCCAUGUUUCGUGGCGUCUAUCACGGUAAACAGACUCAUGAAGAUGAUUUGCAGCAUGUGCUUUCUCGUGCAAAACGUGCCGGUGUAGAUCGUAUGAUUGUCACUACCGGAAACCUAAGCGACUGCCAUGAAGCGAUGGACCUUGUUAAAAGCCAUGAUGACCUCUUUAUGACAGUAGGUUGUCAUCCGACGCGCUGUUCAGAAUUUGAAGCACAUGAAAGCGGUCCUGAGGCAUACUUCAACGCCCUAAAGACGAUACUGGAUAAUCCUGAAGCGCGGUCAAAAAUUGUUGCCAUCGGCGAAUGUGGACUUGAUUACGAUCGACUUCAGUUUUGUCCUAAGGAAACGCAGCGCAAAUACUUUGAGCGUCAAUUUGAAUUAGCAGAGGCAACUCGUCUGCCCAUGUUUUUGCAUAACAGAAAUACAGAAGGCGAUUUUGGAAAGCUCAUAUCAGAAAACCGAUCCAGGUUUACACAUGGCGUCGUGCAUUCUUUCACUGGCACUUUGGAAGAAAUGCAGCAGUACCUUGAUUUAGGACUGUAUAUUGGAAUCAAUGGAUGCUCCCUCAAAACUGAAGAUAACUUGAAAGUGGCCGCGAGCGUCCCUUUAGACAGACUCAUGCUGGAGACAGAUGGGCCAUGGUGUGAUAUUCGACCAACGCAUGCAUCCCACAAGCAUCUCUCUAGCAUGACGCAUGAGCAGCAGGCAAUUUACAAUCCACCUGCAAAGAAAAAAGAGCGAUUUGAAGCUGGAUCAAUGGUCAAGAACAGGAAUGAACCUUGUACCAUGGGGCAAGUUCUUCAUGUUAUAGCAUCCUUGCAUAGUAUGGAAACCGAGAAGCUAGCUGAUGUUGUUUAUCGAAACACUACCAUGGUCUUUUUUCCUAAUCAAUCUAAUCUGAAUGGAUCAUAGUGGCUCUUUCAAUAAAAUAGUGUCCAACAGUGUCACAAAAUACGCA